GAUGUUCCUUUCCUCCCGCUGACUUUAGACUUUCGUUUUCUAUCGCUCAACAACGGCGGCAGCAAAGUUGUUAAAAUAGGAGGCGACCUCAGGAAAGAAGUCCGGCCUCGAGGAGCCGCCUUAAGGAAAAGUGACUAAGCUGAGCAAUGCUAUUUAAGGGGAAUGGUGAGAGCUGAGGUCGCGCUGAAGUGUAGGAAUUCCUCGCGCUCUAGAGACUCCGAGGAGGGGGCGGGGCUUAGGGCGUCCGCAGCCUGGGGAGGCGGGUCAGUUGUCGCUGCCGGUCUCCGCUUGCGCGUGCGCGGUGCGCACCUUCCCUGCGCUGCUUUCUGCUGCAACAUGGAAUUAAGCGCCGCGCGGCAAGCAAUACUGCAACUGCUUCAUACCGUGGCUCCGGCCGACCGCCCAGCGCUGCUCGAGUGGAUGCGAACUUCCCGAGAUUUUGAUGAGUUCACUCACGAUAAUAAUGACAGUAUGUUGAAAAGCAUAGCAGAAGAUCUUCGGAAUUGCUUACCUCUAGAAACCAUGCUUUCCUCAGAACAUCUAGCCCUCCAAAAAAUCCAGCAGCAGCCAGAACCCACAGUUCAUGUAGAUGCAUUCCUUUAUGAUGAAGAUUCUAUUGAUUCAUUAUGUGAGGAAGGAAAAAUGAGCAGAAACUAUUGUGUGGUGUGUGGCUCAUACCAGACAGCACCUUUAGGAUUUAUUUCUCAUUCCUUCUCUCUCAUGGAAUUGAAGUUCAUAUACCAUCACGUACUCCCUGAUCUGUCGGGAAAGCUCUUGGUUGACGUCGGCUCCAGGCUUGGCACAGUCCUUUAUGGGGUAAAGUCCAGCUUAUGGACAUACUCAACAUUUGGAAAAUACUUUCUUCUCCUGCUAACAACAGUUUUGCCUGCCACCAUCCAAGUUUGUCUCUGUGACUCAGAGGAAGAAAUAUCAACAAAACAGAAGCAGGGUUAUCUUUACAGUUCAGCAUUGCAACUGUAUGGAGUAGAAUUGAAUGGAGACUUUUGCCAGUUGCAGGAAAUGAUCAUAAAAAAAUACCAGUUCACUGACAGAAUAAAGGUGCUUCAUGCAGACAUCUGUACCCAGGAUUCACUUCUGCAAAAUGCUGAUGUUAUUAUAAUGAAUAACGUCUUCGAAUAUUUUCUUGAUGAGGCAGAACAGGCCAGAGCCUGGGAAUGUAUCAGCCAUAACGUAAGGAAACAAGGAUCGUUAUUGGUGACAGUACCAAGUCUUGAAGAGUCUCUCUCAGGUCUUCAGGUUAGUAUACAGUUAUCUUCCUGGGUUGAAGAGGUACCACUGAACUAUGAUGUAUACCCAGAAAAGGAUAUUAACAGGGAAGCUCUUGAACAAAUACAUUUAUAUAAGAUUCUCUAGCACUAAAAUAGUCCUAUUGCAAUAUAAUGUUUUUUGAGUAUUACAAAACAAUGAAAAAGAAACAUAACCCCAACACCCAAACACCUAUUUUUUGUGUGUAUUUCUUUCUAGUCUUUGUACAUAUGUUUACAUAUUUAUAAAUAGUUGCAUUUGUAUAUUUGUAACUUUGAUUUGUGUGAUAAUUAAA